AAAAGGAAAGGUGCUUUUGCUGUGUACUUGGAGCCCUGGCAUGCUGAUGUAUUUGAAUUUUUGGAUCUAAGAAAAAAUCAUGGGAAGGAAGAGCAUCGAGCUCGUGAUCUUUUUUAUGCACUUUGGGUGCCUGAUCUUUUCAUGGAAAGAGUUCAAAAUGGUGGCGAUUGGUCAUUGUUUUGUCCUAAUGAGUCUCCAGGUUUGGCAGAUUGCUGGGGUGAAAAUUUUGAAGAGCUAUACACCCGAUAUGAAAGAGAGGGCAAGGCCAAAAAGGUUGUCCAGGCACAGCAACUGUGGUUUGAAAUUUUGAAAUCCCAGAUAGAAACCGGAACUCCCUAUAUGCUCUUUAAGGAUACUUGCAAUAGGAAGAGUAAUCAGCAAAAUCUGGGAACCAUAAAAUCCUCAAAUUUGUGUACUGAGAUAAUUGAGUAUACAAGUCCAACAGAGACUGCUGUGUGCAACCUGGCAUCAAUUGCUCUACCGCGAUAUGUUAGGGAGAAGGUGAGGUAUAAGGCUUCUGUUUUGCCCCCGUCUCUCAGUGGUGAGUUUGUUGUGGUGAAUAAACAUCUUCUUCAUGACUUGACUGAGAUGGGUCUUUGGUCUCCUGCAAUUAAGAAUAAUAUAAUCUAUGAGGAUGGCUCUGUUCAGAAAAUCCCAGAAAUCCCAGAUGACCUGAAGGUCAUUUACAGGACUGUUUGGGAGAUCAAGCAAAGGACUUUGGUUGAUAUGGCUGUUGAUAGGGGAUCUUACAUAGACCAGAGUCAAAGUCUUAAUAUACAUAUGGACCAACCCAACUUUGGGAAGCUGACUUCAUUGCACUUCUAUGCUUGGUCAAAGGGUCUCAAAACAGGGAUGUAUUAUCUACGAUCUCGUGCAGCAGCCGAUGCGAUAAAGUUUACUGUUGAUACCUCCAUUCUCCAAGAAAAGCCAGAAGUGGUAGAUGAUGUUAGUACACAAAAGGCACAGAUGGUAUGCUCUCUGACAAACCGGGAAGAUUGCAUGGCCUGUGGAAGUUAAGAGUGCUAAAUAGUUUUCAAGUGCAGAUUAAAUUUGGAAGUGGUAUUUAUGGAGGUUGAAGAGACGAUGGAUUUUGGAAACCUGCUGAUGAAAUAUCUCCUAGUUUUCAAGUUUAAAUGAAGUAAAAAUGUAUGUAUAGUUGUAAGUUGUAAUACUCAUUAAACUAUCUAUUUGUAAAACUGGAUUUCCGAUUCUCGUUAGUAAAUCACAUGGAAAUCAGCCGGCGUAACUACAAUGACUUGCUCUAAUGGUGAUUUCACAGAUUUUAACUGCCAAGUCUUUGUUUGGAUUGCCAACUGGAGGAUAAAAACUUAUGUGCAAUGAGGAUAACAUUAUUUUAUCA